AUGCAUACUUGGGAGAAUGAAGCUAUUGUUCUAUGUCUGGACUACCCAUCAAUGCAUACUGUAGAGGAUGAAGCCAUUGUUCUAUGUCUGGACUACUCAUCGAUGCAUACUAUGGGUGAUGAAGCCAUUGUUCUAUGUCUGGACUACACGUCAAUGCAUACUGUGGAGGAUAAAAACAUUGUUCUAUGUCUGGACUACUCGUCGAUGCAUACUAUGGGUGAUAAUGCCAUUGUUCCAUGUCUGGACUACUCAACAAUGCAUAAUGUGGAUGAUGAAGCCAUUGUUCUGUAUCUGGAUUUCUCAUCAAUGCAUACUUGGGAGAAUGAAGCCAUUGUUCUAUGUCCGGACUACCCAUCAAUGCAUACUGUGGAGAAUAAAGCCGUUAUUCUAUGUCUGGACUACCCAUCAAUGCAUACUGUAGAGGAUGAAGCCAUUGUUCUAUGUCUGGACAACUCAUCGAUGUACACAGUUGAGCAUGAAACUAUUGUUCUAUGUCUGGACUACUCAUCAAUGUAUACUGUGGAGGAUGAUCUCAUUGUUCUAUGUCCGGACUACCCAUCAAUGUAUACUAUGGAGGAUGAAGCCAUUGUUCUAUGUCUGGACUACUCAUCGAUGCAUACUAUGGGUGAUGAAGCCAUUGUUCUAUGUCUGGACUACUCGUCAAUGCAUACUGUGGAGGAUGAAGACAUUGUUCUAUGUCCGGAUCACUCAUCGAUGCAUACUAUGGAGGAUGAACCCAUUGUUCUAUGUCUGGACUACUCAUCAAUGUAUACUGUGGAGGAUGAACCAAUUGUUCUAUGUCUGGACUACUCAUCGAUGCUCACUGUGGAUGAUAAAGCAACUGUUCUAUGUCUGGACUACUCAUCAAUGCAUACUGUGGAUGAUGAAGUCAUCGUUCUAUAUCUGGACUACUCAUCGAUGCAUACUGUGAAUGAUAAAGUCAUUCCUCUAUGUCUGGACUGCUCAUCAAUGUAUACUGUGGAUGAUGAAACUAUUGCUCUGUAUCUGGACUAUUCAUCAAUGCACACUCUGCAGGUUGAAGAAUUUUCAAGUUAUAAAAUCCUAAUGCUAUCUUCAAAUUGCUAA